GAGAUGAUGUCUGGCAAAAGAGAGUCAUCCCCACUACUCCGACAACGGAGCGAGUCUCCAGUCAUUAUCCACUCACCAAUAGAAAUUCCCACUUCAGAUGCACAAAACGGUGGCAAUGGGACACCUCGCAGUCCUCGUCGUCUUGGCUUUAUUCGCCACGGCAUCGAGCAGAUCGCGACGUGGAGCCGCUCGAAGACGGCAAAGCAGAAAAGGCGUCAGAAUGUGACGUCCCUGGUUGGCAAUCGUUCUUCGUUCAUCGCUGCUGGUCACGAUUACGAGGUGGUGUCGUUGACGAAUCCUCAUUGGUGCGAUCAUUGUGGAGACUUUAUCUGGGGACUGUUUACUACUGCCGUUCGAUGCAAACGUUGCAACAUUACUUGUCACCGUAAAUGCCGUUACAGUGUUGUGUUGGACUGCAGAGGUCCUCUUAAACUACAAGCUCGAAUGUCCAGAAGUGAUGCAGGAAAUCAGUCGUGGGAUGUUGAUAUUACACGAGAUGUAAUUGAAUGUGUUUCUGGUAGCAAUAGCAGAGAGACCUCCCCUUGUCCUGUUUUACUAUCACCAGCCCAGGUUGCAUUAGACGACGUUACUUUACGUAUAGAAGAAUACAAUCGCUUGUCAUCAAAUGGCCGUAUAACUUUAAGUGACAAUGGAACUGUGUUUCAUGGUCCUAUUCGUGUCCAUUUAGUGUUGGACCAUCCCAUUCAUGUUCUUGCAGCUCUAAGACCUGCUCCGUCAUUGAAAACUGCAAUACCAGCACACUCGUCGGAAACAUACAGAAGACAGCGGAGUCAAUCAUUUUUUAUUCCCUCAGACACGGUCAAGACACUUCAUGUCGACAGCAACACAACUGCAUAUGACGUUAUUGUGACGUUGCUUGAUCAGUUCAAGGUGUCAGACAGUCCUGCCAAGUUUUCCCUGCUGGACUCAUUAGAAGAUGAUCUGAAAGGCGGACAGAAACUGGCUGACGAUGAUAAGCCACUUGUAGUAGUUAUGAAUUGGGGAGCAUGGGAAACCGCACGUCACUUAUGUCUGGUCGAAAACAAAGAGUCAACUAUAGAUUGGCAUUCGUUUGCAACGGCAGAAUUGGAAAAUUUUCUUUUGAUGUUGAAGAAGGAGGAAGACAGACACGAGGCAAAGGUCCGUAUUUUCUACAAGCGAUACAGAGAGAAUCUAGUUCUUGCCAUCAGAGAGAAAUACAUUGCCCUAAGUGGAGAAGGGAGUCGAGUGUAACUACGAAUACAUGUUAUAACAUGCCAUACAUAUCAGAUGUAUAUAUUGACGUUUUACCUUUCAUAACAGAUAGUACCAAUGUCUUAUAUAUACAUUGUUGGCAAGUGGCUGCUAUCAUUAUAGCCCAAAUAUAUAUAUAUGUAUAUAUAUAUGUA